AUGGGCCUCAUCCGUCGAAGAUUUAUACUACCAAUAUUAUUAUCGUCCUUCUUCGUUUUAAGCCUACUUCGUAAGAAAUCGGUGGUAUCAAAUGGCUCCGUGUCCACUUCUCGGCAGCAGCGUUUUCAUCAUUGGUGGAAGGACUAUGUCCCAGAUCACCCUGUUACCUCGAUGAUCCCGCUACCUGAUCAGAAACCGGCAGAGAUUCCGCCUAUCCAAUACGGCUUUGAGGAAGAAGAAGAUGGAGAUGCAAAGGCACUGCGCUUGAAGAGAAGAGAUGCAAUAAAAUUGGCCUUCCUCCAUUCCUGGAAAGGAUAUAGAGACCAUGCUUGGGGGACGGACGAGGUUGGCCCUCUCUCCGGGAAGAGCAAGCAUACGUUUGGUGGGUGGGGGGCAACAUUGAUUGAUAGCCUGGACACGCUCUGGAUCAUGGGGCUAAAGGAGGAAUUCGAAGAAGCGGUUGCUACAGUCUCCAGUAUCGAUUUUUCCUCCUCAGAGACUCUUACCCUCAACAUCUUUGAGGUCACGAUUCGUUAUCUGGGUGGCUUGUUGGCUGCUCACGACUUGACGGAUGGAGCGUAUCCUGUCCUCCUCCAAAAGGCCGUCGAUCUGGGCGAUAUGCUGUAUAUCGCAUUUGAUACACCAAACAGGAUGCCUGUCCUUCGUUGGUUCUGGUUGGCAUCAAAGGAGAAACGAGACCAGGAUGCUAGCAACGUCAACGUUCUUGCUGAACUUGGUUCGCUUUCACUAGAGUUUACUCAUCUGACUCAGUUGACGGGGGAUCCAAAAUAUUAUGAUGCGAUUCAGCGUAUCACCAACGUAUUGGAUAAGAACCAGGAUUAUACUGCACUCCCCGGGCUCUGGCCUAUAUCCAUCGAUGCCCUGACACCCAACUUUCAGGUUGAUAACAGAUUCUCCUUUGGCGGGCUAGCAGAUUCUCUCUACGAAUAUCUGCCCAAGGAAUAUCUCAUGCUUGGUGGACGAUCGCCGCAGUAUCGCAAGAUGUAUGAAAAAGCUGUUGACGUGGCCAAGAAGCAUAUGUUCUUCCGACCCAUGACGGAAGAUGGGGACGAUAUUUUGAUUUCUGGUACACUGCGCGCCAGGGGAAAGUCUAUCAGUUUAGAACCCGAGAGCCAACAUCUAACCUGCUUUGUUGGAGGGAUGCUGGCGAUCGGUUCCAAAAUCUUUAAUCGUCCGGAUGAACUCGCCAUUGGCAGGAAGCUUGUAGACGGUUGCAUCUGGGCUUACAAGAGCAUGCCUACAGGGGUUAUGCCAGAAACCUAUCGCGCCGUCACUUGCAUGGACGAACACGCUGGAUGUAGUUGGAAUAUACGUGAAUGGCUCAAUAGCGAUGAAGAUAACCAACAACCAAUAGAUGAGCUUAAACAGCGGGCAAAGGAAAAGGGAAUAUAUCCUGGGUUCAGGUUGAUAUCCGAUCCCACAUAUCAUCUUCGCCCGGAAGCCAUUGAAUCAGUAUUUAUCCUAUACCGAAUUACGGGGGACACAGCUCUCCAGGAUAAAGGCUGGGAGAUGUUCACUGCAAUUGACAAAAUCUCCAAGACCAAGAUCGGUUAUGGUGCCGUUGAAGAUGUCACUGCAUCUCAUCCCAUCAUUAAAGACGAGAUGGAGUCCUUUUGGACGGGUGAAACCUUGAAAUAUUUCUACCUUCUAUUCAGUGAGCCGGACCUCAUUAGUUUGGAUAAAUAUAUUUUUAACACGGAAGCACACCCAUUGCUACGCCCGACCUAG